UUAGAGAGAGGGGGAUAGAAAAGAGCCUCUCAGAGACCCUGGGGGGAGAUGGUGGGAGAGAUGAUGACAAGCGAAGAACCACACUAGACGAUUGUUCUAAAAAAUUUGCAUGAACUUCUCAUUCUCUGAGCAUUGUCGUUUUCGUUGAACCUGCGUUCGAGUUUUUUCUGCAUCACCUCCCUUUGUUACUGCGAGCCAAAUCAGUGCAGAUGAACCGCUUGGGGCUGAAAUCCGUGGUCUACCACGGUGACUUGCGGUUAGGGGAACUGGAUGUUAUCCCUGUCAAGGGCCAGAAUUUCCAGUUCCCAAACAACGAGAUUCGAAUUCGCCAUAUAUCGCCGAGGAGUGAGCGCUGUCCUCCUCUUUCAAUACUGCAAACGAUUUCUGCAUUCUCUGUUCGAUGCAAGCUCGAGUCAUCACUGCCUAUUGAACAACCUCAUUUGAUCAAUCUUCACGCUUCGUGUUUUUAUGAAUUGAAGACGGCGGUGGCAUUAGUUGGGGAUGAGGAAAUUCACUUGGUGGCUAUGCCGAGUAAGAGGAAGAAGUUUCCAUGCUUCUGGUGCUACUCAGUUCCUGUGGGUCUAUUCAAUGCAUGCUUGGGGUUGUUGAAUCUGCGGUGUCUUGCGAUUGUGUUUGAUUUGGACGAGACCCUCAUCGUUGCAAAUACCAUGAAGUCAUUUGAAGAUAGAAUUGAGGCCCUGCGAAGUUGGCUUGCUCGUGAGACUGAUCCGCUGCGAGUGGCCGGAAUGUCUGCGGAACUUAAGCGUUACAUGGAUGAUCGUACACUUUUGAAGCAGUACACGGAAAGCGACUGUGUCGUCGAUAAUGGAAAGUUAGUCAAGGUUCAAUUGGAAGAGGUGCCUCCAUUGUCUGAUAACCAUGAGAAAGUUGUUCGGCGUCCUGUCAUUAGAUUGCAAGACAAGAAUAUAGUCCUCACUCGCAUCAACCCAGAGAUUCGAGAUACUAGUGUGCUAGUAAGGUUGCGACCUGCUUGGGAGGAUUUGAGAUGCUACUUAACUGCAAAAGGACGGAAACGGUUUGAAGUAUAUGUUUGUACUAUGGCUGAAAGGGAUUAUGCCUAUGAAAUCUGGAGACUUCUUGACCCUGGGGAACAUCUUAUAGGUUCAAAGCAACUCCUAGAUCGUGUUAUUUGUGUCAAAUCAGGCUCCCGAAAAUCUUUACUGAAUGUCUUCCAACGUAAUAUGUGCCAUCCAAAAAUGGCAAUGGUGAUUGAUGACCGUUCAAAGGUUUGGGAAGACAAGGACCAACCCAGGGUUCAUGUAGUUCCUGCCUUUACUCCUUAUUAUGCUCCACAGGCAGAGACGGCCAAUGCUGUUCCUGUCUUGUGUGUAGCAAGAAAUGUAGCAUGCAAUGUCAGAGGCUGUUUUUUCAAAGAGUUUGAUGAGAAUUUACUUCAAAGAAUUUCUGAAAUUUUCUAUGAAGAUGAGGUUGCAAGUUUACCAAAACCUCCCGAUGUGAGUAACUACUUGAUGUCUGAGGAUGUGCCUAAUGGUAGUGUGAAUGCCCCCAUCAUUGAGGGAAUAAAUGGUGUAGAAGCUGAACAGAGGGAUGAGAAGUCUUCUGUUGAUUUGCCCACUCGAUCUAUGGCCAACAAUGUUGAGCUGAAACCUGAAACCUCUCAACUACCUGCUGGUGUAAUUUCAAACGUUAUAUACCCUAUGUCUUCCCCCACCUUCAUUCCUUCUCAGAAGCCUGGUUUGCUUGGACCUCCGAUCAAGCAUGAAGGAAGCUCUGUUAAUCAUGAUUAUGACGAAAAAGGGACUAUUGACAACGAGGCAUAUUCCAGAUAUAAGAAUUCAAAGUUCAGGGGAACCCCCUCUUAUAUCAAGGCCUCCCACUCAAGCAUCACCAUCUUUAAUGCAUCCACAUGGAGGCAGGUUGGUAGACUGAAACCUUUGUCUCAGAGCAUGCUGACUUCAGCUUCUAAUCCUUCAUUUUCACAAGCAUCACAAGGGAAGAGUGAAGAGGCAAACUCUUCCAUCUCCAUCCCUGCAGCAGAGUAUGAUGCAUCUCAGGAUCAUACGUCUUCCAUUAACAGAGAAUUUCAAAGUGAGGUGGGAAAAUUGAACUUCUUACCUGCUCUGUCUAUUGGAGUGCUGCAAGAAAUUGGAAGGCGAUGUAAUUCUAAGGUUGAAUUUAGGUCCAUUGUAAGCACCAGCAAGGACUUGCAUUUUUCAAUGGAGGUACUAUUCACCGGUGAGAAAAUAGGUGUUGGAAUGGGUAAGACAAGGAAGGAUGCACAACAGCAAGCUGCUGAGAAUGCCCUCCGUAGUCUAGCAGAGAAGUAUGUUGCACAUAUGGAACCUAGAUUUGGAGCAGUUGAUAGAGAAUUUGACAAACUCUCUCUCGGACAUGAAAAUGGUUUCUUAUGGGAUGACGUCAGUCCUGAAACCAAUGAACUGCUGGGAGAUGGGCUGCCUAAAGAAAGUGCUUCUGAGGUUUUGAAUGGUGAAAAUAAGGUCUCUUCUGCUAAUGCGGCCAAUCUGCAAUUGGAAAAACGUGCCAGCUCACCCAGAUUGGAUCAGUCUGUUGCUAGUAAACGAUUUAAGGAAUGAAAGGGUUGCAAAACUCUGACGAAGUACUGUUAGGGCAGCGGCAACACGGAAGAAUAGGCAUAUACUAAUUCAUCGGAACGCAUACAAUGAGUUUCAGAAAAGAUUUCAAUUUCAAUGGCUGUUAUUUGCCAAGUCAUAUCGCAAUAUCUCUAGCUAUGCUGAGGUGAUAUCUCUUCCUGAAGUCUAUGCCUGUAGAGGAGGGCGUCCUUUUUUGUUUUGCCCUACCACUUACGUUCCUAUUUUGUAUGUUAUUUUCCUUUUUUGUCUAGGCUGGCAAUUGUAAUAUUAUAUGGUAUAUUUUCCAUUAGAAAUCACAAAUAUCUUACACCUGAAUGCUUAGUGUAGCUGGAAUGCUAGCCAUUUUCUAGCUGGAGAUUGACCAUUUUUUUUAUGCAUAUAUUGUAAUAGUGACUUUUACAAGAUGUAUUAUGGCAAACUAUAACUUGUGCUGUCAAUUUCAGACAAAUCUUUGCAUAUGCAUGAAUUGUAUGGCAUACUAUUGAUCAGGAGAGGGGAAAUCUACUUUUUGAGCCUAUGAAGGAAAAAGAUGCACCCGGAUAAGGUUUGUUCAUGAGCCGGGUUACUGAAACAUGAAGAUGAAUCUGAGACCUCUUUUUUGGUGUUCGAAUCAUAAACACCGGUGAUUCUUUAUGAUGACUUUUUACAAGUGUCAAGCUGGAGGAAGGGAUUCUGCUAUUUAGUCCCUGCAAGUUGUGAGGUGAUCCUGACGUCUUUGCAGGCUUCACUUUCAGCUUUCAAGCUUCCAAGGCAAGUGGGCUGUUUGUUCACAAGAGUCCAAGAAGGUUGGCUUCUCGCAAAAUCUUUUAGAUUUUCUUAGAUGAAUUUAAUUUGAAAAAUGACUGAUUUAACAUUGGCCCUGUGGAUGGGAGGUUUAGAUACGAAUUUUGGUGUAAAAUGUUUUGUUCGAGGAAGGCCAAUCGGAGGACAAAUAUCACUCUAUUCCUAUGUAACUUGGAUUUUAUAAGAUAUUGAGUAUUUAAAAUGCUAGUCAUUUUACCAAAUGUAGUCAAUGUUAGUUAAUUAUUUGAUAUCCCCAAA